AUGAAAAAUUAGGAUGAGAAAAGGAUUGGCACUGCUAGUACGAUGGCCUAAACUGGAGCCCAAUCUCAAUUUUAAUAAUAAUCCUAAUAUGAAUUCCCGUUACCAAUAUAUUGUAAAAUAAAAAAGGAGCAAAACUAGAAGUUCAAUAAUAGGUAUUAAAAAUAAAAUGUUGAUGAUAAUCCUGUUGAUGAAGAAUAGUAAAAAGAUAAUGAUCAGAACUAAUAAUAAUUUUAAUAAUUAUAAUAAAAAGAAGGUUAGACAAAGCAAAAAAAAACAUUAGAUAAUGAAUACUAGCAAUUAAUUAAAUAUAAUGAAGAUUAUUAUAAUGAAGGAAAUCAAUAUUCUGAACCUGAUUAAAACUAGGAUUCUCCUGUUAUUAAACAAAAAAAAAUUAGAGGUGACCAUCUUUAUAUCACUUGGUAUGAUAUAUUUAAAUUUUAGUUAGAUAAAGCCUUUUGGGGAAUUUUUAUAAAAAUAUCAGCUUCAAGAUAUAGCUCAACCUUAUAUUAAAAAGAGAACAACAACAAAAUGCUGUUUUUUUGCUGUCAAUACUAAAUAAUCUCUUUAUUAGACAUAAAAAUAAAAUAUUAUUAAGGUUGGACAAAUUUUAUAUGAUGAUGCAAAUGAAGAUCAUUGUAAUUUACUAUACUCAAUAUUCUAUUUAAUAUUUCAAUUAGAAAAAUUAUCAAAAAGAAAAUCUUAAGAGAUCUCAAAUAAUAAAAUAAACUUAUUCUAAUUAUUAUAUACUUUAUCUUGUGUUACCUCUUUUAAAGAUGAUUUAUUUUAAAUAGGAAAAUUUGACAAAGAAAAGAUAAUCUCAAUUAUGUUUUUCUGUUCUAAAUUCAUAUUUUAAGUUUUACAGUAUGGAACUUUGGAUCCUAUUUUUAAAAAUAAUGAAAGUCAUGGAGAAACUUUCCAUAAUUUAAUGACAAAUAUUCAUAUGGGAGUAUUUCGAUAUAUUUCUAAUUCUAAUUAUACUUAGGAAUAAGAAAUCUUUUAAAAUUUAGAAAACAAAAGUGUAAAACAACUUUUAGAUAUUUGGAAGGAAAAUAAAUUUAAAAAUAAUUGA